AAGGUAUGCGAGUGCGCGGUGGGAGCGAUAGGCCCGUCAGGGGAAGGGGGUGUGUCCUGGCGGCCGUGCACCUCCUCUGAUUGGCCGGCAGACUGACGAGUACGUUUCCAGUCGGUCCGGCAGCGGUGUUAGCGUGCGUCAGCUUUACGCAAUCCAAAAGGGAAGAAGAGGCGUGUCAGGUUGCUCAGUGAGCUAGCCCAUUGGCUGGAAGGCUCCGGUGCCGGCGGCCGGGCCAGGCCUGAGGAGGGCGGUGCCGCAGGCCUGGUCCCGGAGGUGACUACCGGCUUCAGCGAAACGAUCAUGGCAGCUCGGAGUGGUCAGAGAGCUCUGAGAAGAGUGGUCUCAGGAUGCUGUCCUAAGUCGGUGACAGCGACGGGAGCCCCUUCUCCGGCGCAGGGGUCUGCGCCAAAAGUCAGAUAUUUGGCUUCCUGUGGUAUACUGAUGAGCCGAACUCUUCCACUACAUACCUCAAUUUUGCCUAAGGAGAUAUAUGCAAGAACUUUAUUCAGAAUUGCUGCACCAUUAAUAAACAAAAGGAAAGAAUAUUCAGAGAGGAGAAUUUUAGGAUAUUCAAUGCAGGAAAUGUAUGAUGUAGUAUCAGGAAUGGAAGAUUACAAGCAUUUUGUUCCUUGGUGCAAAAAAUCAGACAUAAUAUCAAAGAGAUCGGGAUAUUGUAAAACACGAUUAGAAAUUGGGUUUCCACCUGUGUUGGAGCGCUAUACAUCAGUAGUAACCUUGGUAAAACCACAUUUGGUACAGGCAUCCUGUACUGAUGGGAGACUUUUCAAGCAUUUGGAGACAAUUUGGCGUUUUAGCCCAGGUCUUCCUGGCUACCCAAGAACGUGUACCUUGGAUUUUUCAAUUUCUUUUGAAUUUCGCUCACUUCUACACUCUCAGCUUGCCACAUUGUUUUUUGAUGAAGUUGUAAAGCAGAUGGUGGCUGCCUUUGAGAGAAGAGCAUGUAAGCUAUAUGGUCCAGAAACAAAUAUACCUCGGGAGUUAAUGCUUCAUGAAGUUCAUCACACGUAAAAGAAAGGAAGAGCUGGUGUCAUAUACUUACAACUUCAGUUUGUUCACUUUUAAGAUCUUAGUGCUUUCAUGAUUUUUUUUCAGAAGUCAGAAAGCAUUUGUUAAAUUCAGCUUUGAUUAUAAACCUGCACCGUUGAAAAUUUGCACAUAGCGUGUGGACCCACUCUUACAUAGAAUUGUCUUCAAUCAGGUGUAAUUGUGACAAAUAUGUUCAUUAUCAUGUUCUGCAUUUACAGUAAUGGGAUGUCAUCACCACUGGUAGAAUAUUGACAUUAUUCUUCUGAGCAGAAAUUGAAAAUACAGAUUUAAACCUUUUAAUGAAAGUAUUUAGUUGAGGUUCUCACACAGCAUGUAUUAUAUUAACCAUAUCACGCUUAAGUUAUUAAAUUCAGUCUAUUUGUAACUUAUUGUUAUAUGGCCUUCUCGUGGCUUAGGAUAUUUUGAGUAAUCAUCAUAUAUUUAAAGUAAAAACUUUGAUUUAAAAGUACUGUUAAUGAAGGUUCCUGACACUUUAGUUAUUUUUAAAUUGCUCUUACAGGUGGUAGUAGAUAAUUCAGUGCCAUCAUGAGGUUAGCUCCCAGAUAAACAGUGAAUUUUGUUUUUGUUUUUGGUAAGUAGUCCAGAAUAGCUGCCUGUUCCUAGUAGUUUGCAGCCUUCUUCCAGGUACUUCGGCUGCUCUUUUAAUAAUGCUACUUUUGUGUCAAACUUUGUUUACUAUGGGUAGGCAACAGAUGAAGAUGAGUUUGUUGAUAUGUCUCUAACAAUAUGUAUCUCUAUUUUCUAUUUAUUGUGUGUACUCACUUAUAAUAAUGUAUUUCAGACUGAUAUUUUUUAAACAAAUCAAUGUAAGGACUGAAAGAACAACUUAAUAAAGUUAAUUUGUUUAUUUUUUUUGUACAGUUAUUUUGGUUAUUGAAAUCUUCCUAUAUUGUUUCAUUGUGUACGUAUGUAGACAUAGUAAAGUGUCAUUAUAGCAUUUCAUGUCUUAAAAAUACUUUCAUAGACAUAGACGGAUCUGGGCAAAAUCCAGUCUUCUUUAAUCUAUAUUGAUCUUCAUACCCUCUAAUCCUCUUGCUUUAAACUUCCAGUAAUAAUGCUGUUAAUUUUAUUUCCUCAGUAAUUAAUUGGCUACAUAAAUGGUAUGUUUGUGCAUGAAUUUGUUCAGUUAAUCUUUUUUGACAACCUCCUUUCUCUUUUGACAUGGGGUAUACAGUGGUGAAGAACUCACAUGGAACUUGGUUGUCAAGUAGAUUUCCACUCACACAUGAUGUAUCUGCCCAGAGCAUAAGUAGUUUGAAUAUAAUUAUGUGCCUUUAAAUUACAAAGUAUUUUACAAAUGGCAAAGUCAUUUAAAGUUUUUUCAAAAUAAAACUCAAGAUUUUUGAUCUUUCCCU